AUGGUUCAACCGGGCAUCGACGGCCUCGACACGCCGCGAACAAACAUUGGCGACGCGACAUAUCUUAGCAGACAACCCGAUUUUGAUAUAUCACAAGAGGCCUCUUUCCAAUCACCAGCAAAAGACAACAACUUGCUUCACCAGUUGCGCAAUGGUCGUUCUGGUGGCAUCAAGAUUCGCACACCACGCGGCCGCGCACCGUUUAUGGACCGGAAGAAUCUGCCUGCAGGUCUUGGAGGGGCAGAGUUCACCCCAAUGCUGAAGUCUGCCACGAGAAAUAAUGCGCGCCGUGGAUUUGGCAAGGAGAAUGGCGCUGUUCUGAAUACUCCCGCACUUAACAAGGGUGUCGAGGAAAUGACGCCUAUUCCGAACAUCGAUACGUCCAUGUACCAUUCCCGCUCCUUCGUCGACCGCACCCCUCUUCCAGAGGUUGACAGUACAAGCACCGCGUCAACACCGCUGGUAGUGUUGCCACGACGAGGCGACGGCAAGGGCCCAUUGCAGGACGGAAACCAGCUGUCGCUCCGAGAACAGGAGAGCGUAAUCGAUAAGAUCGAAAAAGAGAAUUUUGGCCUAAAGUUGAAGAUUCAUUUCCUCGAGGAGGCUCUGCGGAAAGCCGGCCCUGGGUUCAGUGAGGCAGCAUUGAAGGAAAACACGGAGCUCAAAGUCGAUAAGGUGACAAUGCAGAGGGAGCUUCACAAAUACAAAAAGCACCUUACAUCAGCAGAAAAGGACCUCGAGAGCUACCGACAACAAAUGAUGGAGCUUCAGGAGAGGGCUAAGAAGAAGUACGCCGACCAAAAGCAGCUCGCUGAAAUUGAACGCUUGCAACAAGCUUUAGAAGACAGAGAGGCCGAUAUUGAGGACAUGCAGCGCCAACUUGACCAAGAUCAGAGAGAUCAAGGCCAGGUGGACAAGCUACAGGACGAAGUAGGCGACCUUGAAGCGGAACUCCGUGAAAAGGAUCGUGUCAUUGGCGACCGCGAAGACGAAAUUGACGACCUUAAAAGCAAGCUGGAGGAGAUGGAGGACAAGAUGAAGGAUUCUCAACGACGCAUGAUCGAGCUAGAGCAGAAAGCGCAAUCUACUGACGACUUGGAGGAAGCAAGAGACACCAUUGACGACCUGGAAACUAACGCCCGCCGUUUAGAGGAGCAGGUCGAGGACAUGAAAGACAAGCUCAAUCAGGCUAUCGCGGACAAAGAACAGGCCAAGACCGACUUGGAGGAGCUUCAAGAAGAACUGGCAAACAAAUCUGUCAUGACCAAGGGGCUCUCCCGUCAGAAAGAAGAAAAGCUCCUGCGGUUACAAACAGAGCUUGAGGAGGCAGAUACAAGGUUCGCCAAUCUGGAGAAGCAGCUUUCCCAAGUUGUCAAAGAGAACGACAGUCUCAAAGCAGCCGCCAAAGAAAGUUAUCGUGAACGCGAAGCUGCCAGUAGAGACUUUCAAUUGCAAUUAGAGGCGGUCGAAAAACAACUGUCUGCUGUGGCUAAGGAAAAGAACGACCUGAGAUAUGCCGCACAAGAGGGCCUUCAGGAGCGGGAGCUUUCUGAUCGAGAGCGUCAGUCGCUCUUGAAACAGGUGGAGGACCUCCGGGGUGAAUUGCAGUCCCGUUUGGACGAGAAGAACAUCUUACAAACCCGGCACGACGCCUUGACGAAUGAGUCUACCUCUCUUCAACGCGACGUAGAACGCCUUCAGAGCACUGUUGAUCAACUGGAAGAGUCCCUUGCCCAGGAAAGGGACCACGCUUUGGAGAUUGAGCGUGAUAUACGCGGUCAGUACAGGGGAGAAAUCGACAGGCUUAAUGAUGAAAUAUCAGAUCUUCAAGCCGAAAUUCGCGAGAAAGACAACCUUUACGAUAACGACAGUGAAAAAUGGGAGACGGACCGGCACACCUUGGAGUCAGAAUGGAAGCGAGCAGAGGAAAAGGCAGCCGGGUUAGAACGGACGAUUGAGAAGCUACGUGAAGCGGAGGGCAACCUUUCGUCCAAAGAAAUAAAGUUACAGGAAGCUCUCGAGAGUGAGGUCCAGCGCCAUAAGGAUGAAGAAGCAUCGCUCAAUCGCCAAGUCGAGGACCUUCGGCAAAACCUUGAAGCUCGGCAAGCCAUGCUCACCAACUUGCGUAAUGAACUCUCACAAGUUCAAGAUGAGCUUCGUCAAACUCAGCUAGACUACCAAGCGCAGACAGAGAAAGUUGAGGCACUGGAGGAUGAAGUCGAGGUUCUACAAACAACCCUUGACGAAGAAUCCGAGCAUUCUCGGGAAGAGUUAGAAGCAGCCAAGAAAGAAUGCGAUGACUUGAAACAGCAGCUUAACGAGCUUCGUCGCUCAGCAGAUGUGGCAUACGGCUCAGCAUCGGCCUCUCAAGAAACCGCUAGCAAGUCAAACCUGACUAUUGAUCGGCUUCGAGCGCAGCUUGAUGAGGCAACAUCUCUCGUGUCUAAACUUAACCGAGAGAAAGAUUUCCUUCAGGACCAGCUUCAACAAAAAAUUUCAGAGUCGACUGUGCAAUCAAAUAAAGUAUCACGGGAAAAACAGGCGCUGCAGGAUCAGCUUGCAAAUUUGAACCUCGAGAUGCACUCUUUGCGAAAUUCUUUGGCUGAGGCAAAGGCAGAGCGAGAUGAGGUAGAGAGCGAGAUGAAACGUUUGCACCAUAACGGAGAGGAAACCCUACGAAUCGACCGGGAAAGACUAGACUUGAGAACAGCAAAGAUCAAGCUCGACAAUGAAGUUCGGAGACUCAAAGAUGAGAACAAGGUCUUGAUGGAGCAGAUGCAGUUGGUGGAGAAAUCUCUCGAAGAUGAGAUUGAAAAGGCUGCCGAAGAGGAGGAUCGCCUCAACCAAGAAAUCCGUCAGCUUCAAGCUAAGCUUCGAGAGGCGUCCUCGUCCGAGAACCAUGAAACAUCUGCCACCCGACGCACCAUUCGGGAACUUGAGCGGCGUAUAAAGGAAUACGAAGACCAGAUGGCGGCGACGCAGCAGCUUCCCUCCAACAGCGCCGGUGAAGGCAACAGCGAAGUGUCCAUCAUACGCCGCGACUUAUCAGCUGCACGCCAGAAGGAGCGCGAAUAUCUUCAAAGGGAAUCAGCACACAAAGACGUCGUGAAAGGCCUCAAGAGGCAAAUCACAGAGCUCGAGCGGAAAGCUCAUGAUGCUGAGAUGUCCCGAUUGAUAAUGUCUCCCGCAUCAUCUAGCCCCUCCGCCAGGAAGUCUGAAGUUGCAGAAUUGCGCCAUCAACUUUCUUCGGCGCAGCAAUCGAUCCUCGAACUGAAGACCAAGACACGCGAUGCCGAACGUAAAGCAACACAGGUUGAACGAGACUUCCAGACACAGCUUGAAGAGCUAGAGGACCAAAGGCUUUCGCUCGAGCAGGCGCUUGAAGAUACUCAACGGGAAUCUGAAGAAGCCGCGGCUCUGCACGAAAAAGCCCUUCGUCGGCUCAAGCAGAAGCUUGAGAGGGCAGAGCAAGAUCGCCAGGUUGUGAGCAGUAGCCGUCGUGAUAUCGGCAACAUGUCGUCCACUGAGCGGAAAGACCUUCAAAACAUGUUACGGAGGACACAAUCGGAGGCGGACGCGCUGGAGCACGAUGUAAUUCAGCAGCAGGGUACAAUCGAUGCUCUCAUGGCCGCUGAAGGCUCCCUUCGCCGCAAACUGGAAAGAGCACGCAGUGAACGAGCAGCAUAUCGGGUGACUGCAGAGAAGCUACAGAAAGAUAUCCGGGACCUCAAGUCUCAGGCGGCAUCCGAAACUAAAGAUCCGCGCAAUGUCCACUUCAUUGAUGAGAGAAUGAGAGAGACGGAUGAGGCACUUGAGACCGUCAUUCGUGCUGCCGAGAAUGCGGACGCGAAGCACACCAAGGAGCUCCGCGGGAUGACUCUUCAAAUGGAGUGGAUGCAGGCGCGGUGGAAGCGGGAGGUCAGCUUGCGUGCGGACGCGGCAUACGCAAAGAAGUUCUUGCAGCUAGAGCUCGAUGUUGCAAAUGCAUGCAACAAGGCUCAGCUGCGCGAACUGGAACAGAUUCGCUGCGAGCUGCUCGGCAGCCGUCGACCCUUGCCUCCAACGUCCUCGGCGAUCGCGAAGCAGGGUACCACCGGCGGUGCCGCGCCCGGUCGGCCGACGCUCAAGACGGUGGCGACAAUGGCGCGUUUUAUUGCCAGGAUGCGCAUAUCUGCGCGCGACUGGGCUAAGCACGAAGCCACGCGCCGGAGACUGGCGGAUUGCGUGGAUGAGAUGCGCAGGACUAAGAGACGGAAACAGCUCAAGGUGGUGUCGACGGAUCACGUUGAAGCCUGA